UUUUGACGUGUCCGUGGGCCGGUACUUUUGACGUGUCCACGGAAAUUUAAGGCUAACGAUUGCACCAAAAGCAUUUAUUACAUAAUAGGGCUUAUCAAGAAAUAAUUACUCAUUCAUGACAUACGGCAAAAGGACUAUCUUACCGCCACCUAAUCUAAACUUCGUUGUUGUAUGUCCAAUAGAACACCGCGAAGUAACCUUCGAAUGGGGAUAAUCUAACGCGCAUAUAUAUUUGCUGACGCAAUGAUAGUUACUCAAUAUUUGUACUAAUUUGAAAAUUAUAUGUCAACGCACAUCAACGAUACUUUAUUUAACAGUGCAAUAGAUAGAAAGUUCGAUAGUAAAUAUUACCAAAGGUGAUAAUUCCCCAGGUAGUACUGGAUUAUCAGGAACGACUACACCAAGGUGAGGCAAGGCUUCCGCACCUACCGCACCUCGUGACUUGGAACGUUUAAAUACUUGUGUGUUAUGGUACCGAAUCAAAGAGUCAAUCGAAGUGCAUCGAGAGCAAGCGAGACAUGUCCUAGGCGAACAUUGUUCUGAAAACAAUGUAUAGUAGAAUUGUUUGAUAGUAAAAGGUUAACGAAUUGUAUAUUAUUAUUUAAACGAAAGAUGUCAUGGAUAAGAGAUAGUACUUUAAACUGGUUACAAUGUAUAGCCAUUAAAGUUCUAAAGACUGGAAAGGUCCCAAAACAUGUUGCAUUUAUAAUGGAUGGCAAUAGACGAUAUGCAAGUAAGAAAAAGGUAGAUAAGGUGGAAGGUCAUACUAAAGGUUUUGAUAAGCUAACGGAAACUCUGCAAUGGUGUUUCGAUCUUGGUAUUCCUGAAGUUACGGUAUAUGCAUUUAGUAUAGAGAAUUUUAAAAGAAACAAGGAAGAGAUCGAUGGAAUUAUGGAACUUGCUAAACAGAAAUUCCAACGCCUAUUAGAUGAAAGAGAUAAGCUGAUGGAGCAUGGAAUUCAUAUCCGAGUAAUAGGUAAUUUAUCAUUAAUUCCAAUGGAUAUUCGUAAACUGAUUGCAGAAGCUAUGCUCAUUACAAGGCACAACAAUAAAGUGUUUCUGAACGUUGCCUUUGCUUAUACGUCAAGGGACGAAAUAACACAAGCAGUAAAAAAUGUUGUAGAAGGUGUAAAAAAUGCGGAUAUACUUGUAGAUGAUAUCAAUGAAGAAUUACUGUCUAAGAGUCUCUAUACUGGUGAUUUACCUGAACCUGAUUUACUUAUUCGCACAUCUGGAGAGGUACGAUUUAGCGACUUUUUACUAUGGCAGACUGCCAAAUGUUACGUUUAUUUUUCGGAUGUCUUGUGGCCAGAAUUUACAGGAUGGGAUUUAUUAACUGCCGUGUUUUACUACCAAAGAUGUUACUCUGAUUUACAAGAAAUCGUAAAAGUUCAAGAAACCAAUGUUAAAACAAAUGAUGACAGGAUAUCCACCUAUAUUGCUAAAUUGAACAGGGAUCGACUACGUCUGCUUCAACGUAUAUCUUCAACAGAUAUUUUUCUGAGCAUCCUAAAUAGGCAGUCUUUCGAUACUAUAGUUUAUGGACAUCCUUAUAAAUUAAAUAUGGCGGACAGGUCAAGUUCGGAUUCGCAGCGAAGAAGGAAGCGCAAUAGAGAAAGACAUGACUAUCCGGAUAGAGAUGACACACAGUAUCAUGCCAAAAGAAAGAACGACAGGACAUCCCCAAGAAGAGACGACAGAUCCUCAAGAAAUAGAGACUAUGACAGUAGAUCAAAAAGAAAUAAAGACGAAAACAGUAGAAACAAGGAUUUCAGGCGAGAAAAAGAUAAGUCAAACGAUAGAAACAGAUUUAGCGAAGUAAAGGUAAAGAAAGAGCCUUCUCCUGAGUGGGGCAAGUCUAAUUCAAAGGAACAGUCCAAAAAUAAACCACAGGAAAAAGAGAAACCUAAUUACGAAUUAUCAGGAAAAUUAACAGAAGAUGCAAAUACAGUUAAUGGUGUAGUAAUUAAAUAUGCUGAGCCACAGGAUGCACGUAAACCUAAGCGAAGGUGGAGAUUAUAUCCAUUCAAAGGAGAGAAAGCUUUACCUACUCUGUAUGUACAUAGACAGUCAGCAUAUUUAAUGGGCAGAGAUCGGAAGGUAGCAGAUAUACCUUUAGAUCAUCCUUCAUGCUCCAAACAACAUGCUGCACUACAAUUUCGUUUAGUUCCUUUUCAAAGAGAUGGAGGAGGAGAAGGAAGGCGCGUACGUCCGUAUCUUAUUGACUUGGAAUCUGCCAAUGGUACAUUUGUAAAUAAUGUAAAAUUGGAGCCAAGAAGGUAUCACGAAUUACUGGAAAGAGAUGUAAUACGCUUUGGAUUCAGCUCCCGAGAAUAUGUACUACUUCAUGAACAGAGCAGAGAUGAUGCAUUAGAUGACGACGUUCCACUCGCCACUAAUACAACGCAGUAACAAAUCUAUUCUGUGAGCUGCAAAAGUGAAACCUGUGAUCUUACAAUCGGCAAAGAUACGUCGAUGUAGAACUGUCUUGUAGCUGUGCGGAUUAUGCACUUAUCUUCAAGAUAGUUGUUCUACAAUGGUUAGACAUGAAGGUUUAGAAAUAAAAUAAUUCCUGAUAAAUCUUUAGAAAAAGAAACAAAAUUUUCUAUUAUCACUUUAAUCCGAUGUUUAUGGUCGUAAAUUAUUAAGAACAUUUCACAAGACUUUGAAUGUACAGUGCAGGAUGACGUUCGAUGAAAAUAUUGCAUACUUAUUAACAGGAGUAGUCGUGUUCAAUACAAAGGAACUUUAUACAUACGUGCAAUUGUACAAAUGGACUACUGCAAAUGGCAGCGAUAAACAGCUACGUCCGUCCUCCCGCACUGAGCAAAACGAGGGAAGUGUAUUGAUGCUAAUGUAAUUAUUGAAACUAAUUAAUUAUACGUUGUAGAGAUUAAUUCUGAUGAAAUAUAAAUAAAGUGAGAUAUGCGCUCUUGA